CCGCCAGCACUGUCGGUUGUAGAAUAUCCUCUCUAAAUUGGUUGCAUGUUUUGAUUUACUCUAAAGGUCUAAAAAAAUAAAUUGGUGUCAAUGUUAAUAGUUAAACCAGACUCAACGCUCAAGUUUCUGCCAUCCGUAAGGCUUAUCAACAACUUGAACAUCCGCAAGGGAAGCCGUACGGGAAAUUCCGGCAACCAUCUUGAGUUCCAAGUGCUCACCCAGAUUCAGUACGUACCCUGAUAGCGGUAACUACCGGAAACCAAAGGCACUAAAAUGCAGGA